AUGUCACUAGUAAUACCAGAACGACAACAACGGCAACACCCAUCUACAGUUACAACAAUUUUAUCUACAACUGCAUUAGCAACUUUCACUAAAAAACGAUUAAGUUAUGGAGUUUUUGGAGGGGUCCUCUUAUCACUUUAUUACAAACGAAUCAAAUACAAUCCAGUGACUCUUGUUUGUGUUAAUUGGUUAAAAUGGUUAAUGUUAGGGAAAUUAUCCAAUAAAGAAAUUACAAUAAUUGUAAAUGAUCGAACCGCCACUGUAACUGAUGCUAAUAAAAUAUCAAUAGUGUUAAUAUUCUCAAAUUUAAUUGAUAUUGCAAUUGCAAUUAGUCAAUACACUACUACAACAACAACAGGCGAUGGUAAUAAUAAUGCCUUGAUGAAUAUCUUAAUAAUUGAAUGUUUGAAUUUAUUACCAAUUAUAAUCUUAACUACAAUUAAAUGUUUAUUACCUGAAUAUACAAGUUCUUAUAAAUGGAUUUAUAUUGGAGAUUAUAUUAGCAGUUUAAUUAAUUUCAUUAUGAUUGUUAUAUUCAUUACGGUAUUCAGUUAUAAUCAAUAUUCAUUUCCAUUUUUCAUAUUACCUUCAACUUAUUUAAGUUUAAAAUCAUUAAUUAUGAAAACAAGACAAAUUAUAAAUUAUAAAAAGAAAGAAAUAAUUCUAAAUAAAUUAAGAAUACCCAAUCAACAACAACAAGACAGAUGUGUUAUAUGUCAUGAUAAUCUUGUUACAAAUGUUAUACAAAUGAAGCAUUGCAAUCAUCAAUUCCAUUAUGGUUGUUUAAACCUUUGGAUUGAUUAUAAUAUGUCUUGUCCUACUUGUCGAAAAUCAAUUGAUUGA